AUGCAUUUCUCCACGUUGGCGGGCUUGGCCCUGCUAUCAGGCGCCGCCAUGGCCAGCGUGCCCAACAUCGAGAUCAAGGCAAGUUUGGGAUCCAAGUUUUUCUAUGCGAACAACGGCAGCGAGUUCUACAUUCGCGGUAUCGCCUACCAGGAGGAUUACACUGGUGGCGGUGCUAGUGGUACGGGCGAGAGCAGCGAGAGUGACUACACCGAUCCGUUGGCCAAUGCCACGGCUUGCGCCCGGGACAUUCCUUACCUCUCCAAGCUGCGCACCAACGUCAUCCGCACGUACACCGUCGACCCCACCAAGGACCACGAUGAGUGCAUGUCCCAGCUCGCCGAUGCCGGCAUCUAUGUCAUCACCGAUAUGUCCUCGCCCAGCAUCUCCAUCCAAGCGAAUGACCCGGUCUGGACUGUAGAUGAGUACGAACGAUAUACCUCCGUGAUUGAUGCCUUCCACAAGUACGACAAUGUCAUUGGUUUCUUCGCCGGUAACGAGGUUGUCAACCAGCCCAAUCAGACUAACGCGGCUGCCUUCGUCAAGGCCGCAGCCAGAGAUAUGAAGUCCUACAUCAAGGACAAGGGUUAUCGCUCCUCGCUCAGCAUUGGUUAUGCCACCACUGACCAGGAGGACAUUCGCCUGAAUCUGUCGGACUUCCUGAACUGCGGUGACGAGGACAGCGCCAUUGACUUCUUCGGUUACAACAUCUACGAGUGGUGUGGCCAGUCUACCUACGCGGAUUCCGGUUACAAGGCCCGCACCGAGGAGUACGAGAACUACUCGAUCCCCAUCUUUUUCUCCGAGUACGGCUGCAUCACCAAGACUCGCACCUUCUCCGAUGUCCCCGUCCUCUAUGGCGACCAGAUGAGCCAGGUCUGGAGCGGUGGUAUCGUCUACAUGUACUUCGAAACCGCCAACGACUACGGUCUCGUCUCUGUCGACGGUAACUCCGUUAAGACUCUGGAUGGUUUCAGCUAUCUGUCCAAGGAAAUCCAGAGCGCCACCCCUACUGGUGUGAACAGCGCCAGCUACACUCCGACCAACUCUGCCCAGUCCUGCCCCACUGUGGACAGCGAGUGGCUGGCUAAGUCGAGCCCGCUGCCCCCGACCCCCAAUGCUGACCUUUGCUCUUGCAUGGUCUCCAGCCUGUCCUGUGUUGUCAGCGAUGACACCGACUCUGACAAGUACAGCGAGCUCUUCGGCGAGGUCUGCGGUUAUGGUACUAACAUCUGUGCUGGCAUCAAGCACAAUGCGACCACCGGUACCUACGGUGCCUACAGUGUCUGCAACAGCAAGGACCAGCUCUCCCAGGCUUUCAACCGUUACUAUAUCAGCCAGGGCAAGGCCAGCACUGCUUGUGACUUCAACGGUGCCGCCAAGGUCCAGUCUGCCGCUUCCGCCUCCGGAACCUGCAAGACUCUGCUCAAUGAGGCCGGUGGCACUGCUGGCACCGGCACUGUCACCUCAAACCCCACUGGUUCCGCUGCCACCUCCACCUCCAAGGGCGCCGCUGCUGGUGGUAACGCUCCCGCCGCUGUCCUUGUCAACGGCUGGGUCAGCGUCGCCUCUCUUAUCGCUGCCGUUUCCGCGGGAUCUCUCAUGCUUGUUCUGUAG